UCAACCGGUUUCGAAAUUCCUGGAAGGAAAUCGCGUAUUUAUUGGAUUUUGUGUGAGAAUUGCUCGCAAAAAAUUAUUUUUGCCGUGAAAAGUUGGAAAAAUCCACGAAAAUGAACAACGGAAAGCAUUAUUCUAAAGGUUCAUCGAUGCCGCAACUCCCGAAAGAUAACAAGUUGGUGUUGUAUUCCAUGCGUUUUUGUCCCUUUGCUCAACGAGUUCACCUGGUUUUGGAUGCCAAGAACAUCCCGUAUCACACUGUUUACAUCAAUCUCACCGAAAAACCCGAAUGGCUCGUCCAAAAAUCGCCUCUGAUGAAGGUGCCAGCCUUGGAAAUCCCCGGAGAAGCAGAGCCUUUGAUCGAAUCUCUCGUAAUUUGCGAUUAUUUGGACGAAAAAUACCCCCAAGUGAAGUUACAUUCCACGGAUCCGCUGAGAAAAGCCCGCGACAAGAUCCUAAUUGAGCGAUUUUCAUCCGUAAUUGGGCCAAUGUAUCAAAUUUACACGUUUUCGGCGAGCGAUGUCACGGAUGCCGUACGUCAAGUUGCCACCGGAUUGCAAUUGUACGAAGAUGAGUUGCGAAAACGCGGCACAAAGUUCUUCGGGGGCAACGACAGACCCGGCAUGGUGGAUUUAAUGUUGUGGCCAUGGACCGAAAGAUCGCACAUUAUCACUCUUAUCAGCGAUAAGUACGAAUUGGAUACCGAAAGAUUCGCAAAAUUGAUUAAAUGGCGCGACGACAUGGCAAACGACCCCGCAGUCAAAGGAAGUUUCUUAUCCGCCGAAAAUCACUUGAAAUUCUUGGAAACUCGUCGCACGGGAAGUCCCAACUACGAUAUUUUGGUAAACCAAGCGAAGAAAAUGCGAACUUCGUAAGAGUUUGUUACGGGAAAUGACAAAAAUUGGCAAAAAUCUAUUGCAAAAAAAAAUCCAGACAAUUUCUUCCACUAACGAAUUCUUUGAAAAAAAUUGCACUAACCCCCUCCUUUUAUGUAAGCGUCCUUAAAGUCAAUAUUCAUUAUUGAGUUGUCCUAUAAUCAAAAAACUAUUGAAUGAAUAAAGUUUAUAGAUUUAA